ACACACCAAGUCACCAACACCCCUCCACAUGAAGCAAUUCUAAAAGGGACCCACGCCUGCAAAUGCAAUUACUUCGCUUUCAAGACCAAUCAACUCCUUCCCCAACAAUUUGGUUGGGUGAUAAACUAGCAACUUUUCUCUUUCUAUAAGCAUUAGAAGCCCAACUAAUUUCUCUGUUCUCUUCUGUCUCUCUUGUAUUUCACAAAGUGUUUGGGUUUCUAUAAUGGAUGAGUGUAGUAUCAUUUGUUGAAACGUGGGAAGUUGUGUUCCUGUUUCUAAUACCUCAGACUCAGCUUUGAACCUUCAAUGCUCAAUUGGUUCAACAGAAUCAACACAGGACAGUGUCUUCAUUGAACCACCCAUCAAGGAAAAAAAAGUAGAUUGCCAAAACUCAAGGUCUGAGCUUAGUUUGAAGCCUCAGUCGUCAGCAAUGUCCCCUGUAGGCAGUUCUCGAGAAUUAAGUUCUAAAGAGGAAGUAUAUUUUGAUCUGCAGUCCUGCUUAGAAUCUGAUUGUGAAGAUUUCUUCAGUGUCAGUGGUGAUACCACCCCCUCUUGUGGGAACACUCCUAUCCAUCAUUGCGGCUUCAAAGAAACUCCUCACGUCAAAAAACCAGUUUACAUGGACAGUAGCUCCAGUCCCAUUCUUGAACCCUCUCCAACAGAUAUGAAGAAACAACUAAUUGAGCUUUUUCAAGAGAGCUUAAGGGAUGAUGCUAUUGAUGGCAGUCAAAAUAUACAAGAGAGUUCAAAAACCAAUCCUAUCUUUUGUCCCCUUUCUUCAAAAUCUACAAAUAAAAACCAUUAUGGAUAUGUAGCAAACUCUGCAUGCAGUAGUGAGGCAAUACACAACAGAAGUUACAACCAUGGGAAGGGAAAAUUUGCCAAGUCUGCAAGAUGUUGCCUUCCAAAUUUGAUGCGCAGCCUGAGCUUUAGUGGGAGGAGGAAGAGUCUGAGCCUUGCCGGACCGUAGAGUUGGAAGCUAUGCCUAGCUUUUUACUAUGUCUAUAUUUUAAAGAAUUGGUACUCCUAACUGGCAUAGAAGACAUAAAUUUGAUCUUAAAGCUCCCUUUUUAUAUUACCUGGCUUUCCUCAAGCAAAUCGCAAUUAUUAUUUUUAUUUUUAUUUGUGGUUGAGGCAGUCUUUAAAGUGAAAUAUGAAUUGACACUCAUGUAA